CCUGCAACUCGAUCCAUCCCUCCGGCGUACGAUAUCUCCCACAAUUCCCUUCAACCUCUAGAACUCGAAACUGACACUUGGUGCUCCUCCGGUGCUUUCUUGAGCAAUGAAACCCUUCUCCAAACUGGCGGCCACGGUAACAGUUACCGGAGAAUCCGACACUUCAAGUCUUGCUCCGACGAUCGCCGAAGGAGGAGGAGCAGCAGCUGCAGGUGGAGGCUGUCCAGGGCUUUGUUGAAGGACAACAGGUGGUUUGCUUCAAAUCAGAUACUACCCAAUAAAGAUCAAACCAUUGUGGUUGGAGGCAAAGGUGCCUUCACCGACGAGUUCGUACCCAAAUCCAAAUCGUCUCCUAAGUCUUUCGUUCUUCCUUUCCUACACCAGACUAACGAAGAGAACGGAGGAGGGAACAAUCUGUAUCCUUUCCUUCACUUAUCCUCAGAUGGGAAUCUCUUCAUCUUCGCCAGCAGAGAUUCCAUUCUCUUCAACUACAGGAGGAGUAGGGUUAUGAAGACCUUCCCUAGGAUGCCUGGUGAAGGGUCCAGGAACUACCCUAGCUCGGGUUCUUCAGUUCUUCUCCCUCUCGACCACAGCAAUAGGUUCUCCAAGCUCGAAGUCAUGGUAUGUGGCGGUGCAGCUUCAGGGGCUUACAGGGCUGCCCUGGAAGGACACUAUAUGGAGGCAUUGAAGUCUUGUGGAAGAAUGGUGAUCACAGGGCACAAACACGAGUGGGUGAUGGAAGAGAUGCCAGGCCCACGUGUCAUGAGUGAUAUGCUGAUUCUCCCCACAGGCCAUAUAUUGGUCAUCAAUGGUGCAACACAUGGCUGGGCAGGAAGACACAACGCUACAAGGCCAGCCUUGGAACCUUUCCUCUACAAUCCAAAGAAACCACUGGGAAGACGGUUCAGGGUCCUCCCAUUGUCAAAGAUACCCAUAAUGUAUCAAUCCUCGGCAAUUCUUCUCCCCGACGGGAGAAUCUUAGUUGCCGGAGGAAACCCCAACGAGAGAUACACCUUUAGAAACGUGGCUUUCCUUACUGAACUGAGGUUACAAGCGUUCGUACCUCACUAUAUGGAUCAUUCCUUCCACCAUAUAAGGCCGGGAAACGUUUCGGUAAACUACGGUAACCACAGCGGUGGCGGUGCAAAGUACGGGGAAGAAUUUAGUGUACGGUUCAGGCUCCAUGGCAGAACGGAGAGGGACUUGAAGUUUAGUGUUUCUGCACCACCGUUCACGACCCAUGGGUUCUCGAUGAAUCAAAGGAUGCUAAGGCUGUGGUGCAAGAGAGUGGAGGAAGAAAAAGAUGGUUGGGUUAGAGCAGUUGUUGAGGCUCCUCCGUCACCCAACGUUGCACCCUCUGGUUAUUAUCUUCUCACUGUUGUUAAUGGUGAUAUCCCAAGUGUAUCAGAGUGGGUUAGGUUUAUACAUGCCGAGUAGGGCUCUCUUAUAG